GAUAUGAAAUUAAAUUCUCUAAGAAAUUAUUCUUCUGAGCAACCUUAUUUACAUCGUCACCCAUGCUUUUUCGGUAACAUGUAUCAAAUUUUUCGAGAUUGUUGCGGUUCAUGUCCUCAAGCUCAGACUCCAGAUGAAAUAAAACUAAAAGAAGAAAAUGAUCGAUAUUACAUUACUGGUGAAUUAAAAUUUAUCGAAAAUCAUUUUGAUCCAAUGGAUCCUCGUAUUAAUAAUACUCAAGAUGAAUGGACUGCUGAUGCUUACAUUAUGGAGCCGCGUGAAAAUUUAUUUAUCGCAGCAACCAAGGGUGAUGAUAUUUGGAUUCAACAAAUUAUUCAAGAACAUGGAAAAGACCUUGAUUUAAAUGCCAGAGAUCAUUUUGGUAGAACUCCACUUCAAUUAGCGGUACUUGGAGGUCAUCUUGCAACAGUCAAACUAUUAAUUGAAAAUGAUGCAAAAAUUUCAAUCAGAAUGUUUGAUGGACUUG